UAAAGAGAGAAGUACGCGUGUGUAACGGGGAAGAUUGCAUUAUGGCUGCUUGACAACAUGUUGUGUAAGCAGUAUAUUUAAAAACAAACACAAGACCAUUUGAAAUCAUCACACAGCGGACUUCCUGCCAGCGAGAGGUGAAAUUCGGAUUUGUUUGUAAUGGCAGAGGGGCAGAAACCCAUCCACAAUCCUCUGGAGCAGUUCAUUCUAUUAGCAAAGAGUGCUAAAGGCACCGCGCUGACUGCUCUCAUCACCCAGGUGCUGGAGGCCCCCGGCGUGUACGUCUUCGGAGAGCUUCUGGAGCUGCCCUGCAUCCAGGAGCUAUCAAAUGGACCUUAUGCAGGAUAUUUUCAGCUGUUAAAUCUGUUUGCUUAUGGAACAUACCUGGAUUAUACAGCGAAUAAAGAAAGUCUGCCUGAGUUAUCUGGAGUCCAGAAGAACAAAUUGAAACACCUGACUAUAGUUAGCCUGGCUGCCAGGAUGAAGCAGUGCAUUCCUUACUCUGUGCUGCUGAAAGACCUGGAGAUGAAGAACCUGCGAGAGCUGGAGGAUUUGAUCAUUGAAGCCGUGUACAGUGACAUCAUCCAGGGAAAGCUGGACCAGCGCAGCCAGCUGUUUGAGGUGGACCUCUGUAUCGGACGCGACAUCCAGAGGAAGGAUAGCAGCGACAUUGUGAAGACACUGCAGGAAUGGUGCGAUGGCUGUGAGGCGGUCUUGUCGGGUAUUGAGCAGCAAGUCCUCCGAGCCAAUCUGUGCAGAGAGAAUCACAACAGGACCCAGCAACAAAUGGAAACGGAGGUUACAAAUAUAAAGAAGACGUUGAAAGCUUCGGCAUCAACCUCCAGCCAGGAAGUGGAUCCGCAGCUGAUGGAACGGGAUGCAGCUCAGUCCGCUGAGCAGAGACAGCCCCACAAGAAGAUGUCCAAAGUGAAGGGGCUGGUGCCCAUCCGCCACUAGCACCCCACCAGGGAGCGCUACGACUCAAACUCCUCCCAGCCUCUAGCACACUGAACACCCAUCCACCACUAGCACCCCACCCUGGAGCACUCUGCUACGACUCAAACUCCUCCCAGCCUCUAGCACACUGACCACUCACCCACCACUAGCACCCCACCCUGGAGCACUCUGCUACGACUCAGUCUCCUCCCAGCCUCUUCCACACUGACCACCCAUCCACCACUAGCACCCCACCCUAGAGCACUCUGCUACGACUCAGUCUCCUCCCAGCCUCUUCCACACUGACUACCCAUCCACCACUAGCACCCCACCCUGGAGCACUCUGCUACGACUCAGUCUCCUCCCAGCCUCUUCCACACUGACCACCCAUCCACCACUAGCACCCCACCCUGGAGCACUCUGCUACGACUCAUUCUCCUCCCAGCCUCUUCCACACUGACCACCCAUCCACCACUAGCACCCCACCCUGGAGCACUCUGCUACGACUCAGUCUCCUCCCAGCCUCUUCCACACUGACCACCCAUCCACCACCAGCACCCCACCCUGGAGCACUCUGCUACGACUCAGUCUCCUCCCAGCCUCUUCCACACUGACCACCCAUCCACCAACAGCACCCCACCCUGGAGCACUCUGCUACGACUCUUUCUCCUCCCAGCCUCUUCUACACUGAUUACCACCACAAUGAGCCAGACUGGAGGAGAAAAGAAAAAUAAAUACUUUUUCAGGCAUUUGCAGUGUUUUUUGUUUUUUGUUUUUUGUUUUUGUUAGUCAUUUGUCAUUCCAGUGAUGCUGUGUGUUACUGGAUUGUGGAAAAUGAGAUUCAGAAAGUUCUUAAAUAGCCUUGCAUUGCGGACCCAAGCUGGACGGCCUACAGUAUGUGCUGUCGAUAAAGAGCAGAGAGGACCCGCAGUGAAUGCUCUGUGUUUUGUAGCAGGCUGAAGCUUGUUUCUCAAUUCCAAUAAUAACAAUUCUUCCUUCAUUGUUAUCUUAGAUAAGGAUCCCUGUGCUGAAGGGGGCUCGUGUUUUGUUUUUUUUAGCUGAAUAAAUAGUUUACGCUUUUUAAGGCCCUAAGAGAAAUACUUGAUACCCUUUUUUUUUUGUAUUGUUUUUUUUUUUUUUUUUUUUAAUGUGUAAAGUUUGAUUGCUUGCUGUCUUUGUUCAGGGAUGCCUUUUAGUUAAUAAAGUGGUGUUACUCAUUUUUUUAAUA